UUUUAUUUGUGGAAAAAAAAUAGUGAACCAUGUAUGCUUUUCCUUUCGGUCCACAAUCGUGAUGUACCUUUUAUUGAUCUAUCACAUGAAACCCUAGUAAAAUAAGCUGAAGAUUCUGGUUUAAUCGUUAAAAAAAUGUACAAAAAUGUGUUUAAAUGCGUUUUCUAGGCAAUGAAUACUGAACAUUAGUCAUUACUGAGAGCUGCAAAAAAAAAAACCAUAUUUAGUAUGAUUUUACUGGCACGUAUAUAGUUAGAAAGGGCAACUAUAUAUAUUGCAUCAUCUACUCAUGUGUCUUUUUCAUUGUCUAUUUUCUCUGUUGCAUAAUUGCCAGGCAGGUUAUUGUGAUGAUUUGCACGUUGUGAUUUUGUCCUUCUACUAAAAUCCAAUCACACCCUCCUCCCAUCUCAAGCACAAUUACGUGAUGGGUGACGUUUCACCAUGCGGAGGAGGGCUCUGGGCAGGGACCACUUUGACCGUACGAGAACUGAACACUGUUUCAUUUCAGAGCAGAAGCGACGGCGUUCAACGCGAGUGGACCAGGGCGCCGAGCAAAAGCCCAUUGUCUCCUUCAAACAGGGCAACUACGGAAAACGGCGUUGACCAAAACAGCGGUGUGGGAGGAGUGUCCGACCGGUAGGCACUGCGGGUUUGUAAAGACACUGAAAAAAAAGAGGGGAGGCCCUGGACAGAUCUGGCCAACAACGGAAAAUGAACCUCAGUCAAGUUGUGAUAAUAUGAGCCGCGUUUUGUUGCAGUUGGCGACCAACUAUUGAUGCUUCUGUGUCGAUCGCUUUCCAGACCACCGCAUCGCGCGAACUUCUUUUGUUCGCCUCGCCUCAGUCCUAAUUUCUAGCCUCCACAUUUCUGUCGCUGAAGAGUUCGCCUUUUCAUAAAAAAAGAAAACAACCAAUAAUGAAUUUCCAGUCGAGCGUCCCAGUGUCCGGUCUCUCGCAGCAGUCUCAGCCGGCCAUGCCCACUCCAGGGACGGUCCCGGCGCCCGUUCCCGUCCCGGUGCCCCAGUCCAUCCCGUCCCAGUUCGGAUCCGGGUCGUCUGCGAGCUCAGGGGCUGGUCAAUUCGGUUCGGGUACUGUUUCGGGCCAGGCUUCACAGUCCGGUCCGGCAGGCUCGCAGUUUGUUUUGUCCAACUCAGCGGCCAUCAGAGCGGAGAUCCACCGGUUCGAGUCCGUCCACCCGAACAUCUACGCAAUCUACGAUCUGAUCGAGCGCAUCGACGACCUGGCUCUGCAGAACCAGAUCAGAGAGCAUGUCAUCUCUAUUGAAGACUCAUUCGUCAACAGCCAGGAAUGGACAUUGAGUCGAUCAGUUCCAGAGCUGAAAGUGGGCAUUGUGGGAAAUCUGUCCAGUGGGAAGUCUGCCCUGGUGCAUCGAUACUUGACGGGCACAUAUGUGCAGGAGGAGUCUCCUGAAGGCGGACGAUUCAAGAAGGAAAUCGUGGUGGAUGGACAGAGCUACCUGCUUCUCAUCAGAGAUGAAGGAGGGCCUCCAGAACUACAGUUUGCUGCCUGGGUGGAUGCAGUGGUUUUCGUCUUCAGCCUGGAGGAUGAGAUCAGCUUUCAGACAGUCUACAAUUACUUCUUGCGCCUAUCCAGCUACAGAAACACAGCUGAGGUGCCCAUGGUCCUCGUUGGAACACAAGAUGCAAUCAGUGCAGCCAACCCCAGAGUGAUUGAUGACUCUCGGGCCAGAAAGCUGUCUAACGACCUGAAGCGCUGCACAUACUACGAGACCUGCUCCACUUAUGGCCUGAAUGUGGAGAGAGUCUUCCAGGAUGUUGCCCAAAAGGUUGUGGCCAUGAGGAAAAAGCAACAGCUUUCUAUUGGGCCAUGCAAAUCUCUCCCUAACUCACCGAGUCACUCAUCAGUGCCAGCUGCAUCCAUCCCCUCUGUUCACAUUAACCAGGCAGCCAACGGCGGGGGCGCGUUCAGCGACUACUCCUCCUCUGUUCCCUCCACCCCCAGCAUAAGUCAGCGGGAGAUGCGCAUUGAGACCAUCGCUGCCUCCAACACGCCCACGCCUAUCCGCAAGCAGUCGAAGCGGCGCUCCAAUAUUUUCACAUCACGGAAAGGCAGUGAGCAGGCAAAGAGCGUUGACAGUAAAACAGACAGCAUAGGCAGUGGGAGGGCCAUACCUAUCAAACAGGGAAUUCUUCUGAAGCGAAGUGGCAAAUCCCUCAACAAGGAGUGGAAAAAGAAAUAUGUCACGCUGUGCGAUAAUGGCGUCCUCACUUACCACCCCAGUUUACAUGACUACAUGCAGAAUGUGCAUGGAAAGGAGAUUGAUUUGCUGAGGACAACUGUGAAGGUGCCAGGGAAGCGACCUCCCAGAGCAGUGACCACUGUGGUGCCCAGUGCUAGUCCCAAAACCAAUGGACUAACAAAGGACCGCAGCGCCCUGCAGCUUGGCAUAGGAAACACAGGUGCAACUCACUCCAACAGCAGCAUUUCCCUACAGGCGGGCGGGUCGGCAUUGGGGGGCAGUAAAGACUGCAUGCACCAGCGCUCCUUCUCUGUGUCCAGUGCUGACCAGUGGAAUGAAGCCAUCAACACCAGUACGAGCAGCGGAGCCCCCAAUGGGAUGAGCGAUCCUGCGAGUUCCAGCAUGGGCAGCGCCACCAGUCCUAAACUUGAGCCACCUCCCUCUCCGCACGCUAACCGCAAAAAACACAGGCGGAAAAAGAGCACAGGCGUCACAAAGCCAGAUGGCGUAUCGGCGGGCAAUGAUGAGCAAGAAGAUUCCUUCGAGUUCAUUAUUGUGUCACUGACGGGUCAGACAUGGAACUUCGAAGCAUCUACAUAUGAGGAGAGGGAGCUAUGGGUCCAAGCAGUAGAGAGCCAGAUCUUUGCCAGCCUGCAGUCCUGUGAGAGCAUCAAGAACAAGUCUCGGUUAGGCAGCCAAAGUGAUGCAAUGGCCAUUCAGUCCAUACGGAAUGUGAGGGGGAACAGCUUCUGUGUCGACUGUGAUGCACCCAACCCAGAUUGGGCCAGUUUGAACCUGGGCGCUGUCAUGUGCAUCGAGUGCUCGGGCAUGCACAGGAACCUGGGCACCCACCUGUCUCGCGUGCGGUCUCUGGACCUGGACGACUGGCCGGUGGAGCUCAGCAUGGUGAUGACAGCGAUCGGCAACGCGAUGGCCAACAGCGUAUGGGAGGGCUGUCUGGAGGGAUACACAAAGCCAGGGAGCGACAGCACCAGGGAGGAGAAGGAGCGCUGGAUCCGAGCCAAGUAUGAGCAGAAGCUGUUCCUGGUCGGGCUGCCACAGUCGGAUGUUCCUCUGGGGCAACAGUUGCUCCGGGCAGUGGUGGAGGACGACCUGAGGCUGGUGGUGCUACUGCUGGCCCAUGGCACCAAGGAGGAGGUCAAUGAGACUUACGGGGAUGGAGAUGGACGGACCGCACUGCACCUCUCGUGUGCCAUGGCCAACGUUGUCAUCACGCAGCUACUCAUCUGGUAUGGUGUGGAUGUGAAAAGCCGAGAUGCUCGUGGCCAAACACCGCUGUCCUACGCCAAGCGAGCUGGGAGCCAAGAGUGCGCCGACAUCCUGGUGCAACACGGCUGCCCCAAUGAUUCCAGUAGCCUGAGCUCUGUCCCCACGUCCAAUGUGAGCCUUCGCAACCCCAACAUCAACAACAACAAUGCCCAGUGUGAGCUCAACCGCAGCAUCAGCAUCAUGUAGAAGCCAGAGAGAAGAUAGUUGCAGACAACAACUAAAGAAAAAAUACACCCAAACCCCACCGUGUGUACUUGUUGUACUUCCUCUGUUUUACACUGUGUAACCCAGAGUCAUUACCAAUGGAGAGAUCUCAGGAGUGAUGAAUAUACUGGGGAUAUUCCACUGCGCUGCCCAUUAGGACAUUGUACAAUGUUUUUAUAUAUAUAUUUUUUAUUUAUUUUAUUUCCUCCUAACUUUUUUCAGUCUUGGUCUGAAAUUAUCAUGAUCAGCUUUAAGAUUUAUGUUUUUGAAGCCUCAACCAAACAAAUGACUUCCUUCUGCAUUCAUAUCUACCAUACAGAACCCAUAUCCUUAAUGCCCAUACAUUUCCUAUUAAGUGUCCCCCCCCCCCCC